AUGCCUCCUCUGAGUGCGGCCGCGGCAAGGGGAGCCAAUAGGACACCUCUGACACCCAAGAUAGCGACAACCCGGUCCUCAACGCCACAACACCACACUGUUACAGUCACCACGCCACUCCCGAGACGUGUACACAGGGCCGAAUCCGCCCUGGGCAGUGGUCCCGCCACCGUCAAAGACGAGGUCGCGUCUCCUGUCGCGGCAUUUCUGAAUGGCAACGUCACUCCUAGAUCUGGCUCGAGACAGAGCCGCAUCGACAGCGCCAAUAGUACCCCGACUGGCACGCCCAAUUUAGACAAGCUUGACUCCUGGGAGACCAGGUCUGGUCUGGGACUCGCACCCUCUGCUCUGGAGGCAGAUGGGCCGCGACAACGACCUAUGGUUACCUUCUCUCCGGCUCUGGAUUCGAGCAGCGCGACGAAGCAAGAUCCUGACUCUAAAUUCUUCUACGCGAGCCAAGCACCGAAACUUCAAACCCAACAGCAACAGCAACCAGCCAUCCAGCCGAGACCAUCGAUAACACAACCACAGAAGUCGUCAACCUUCUUCUAUGCCAAUGGAGGUGCCGUGCCGGAAAGGCAGAAUGCACCGCCCACGAACCUGACACCUGUAUUGGGUGCUUCCCCGGCUCCAGACAGCCAUCGGACGAGCAAGUUCUUCUAUGCGAAUGGCACACCAGAUCUGCCCCCAGUUGCGAGACCUGCUUUCUCCUCCAACGCUGGCUCGACCGUAUCAACAUCGUCGAAGCUACCGGCUCCCCGACUUGGAGCGGCUGCAUCUUCCGCUGGUUACGGCCUCCAACGACCCCCGUCCCCGGUCAAGCUACCGUCCUUUCUGCCGCCCAAGAAUGACACCAUCUCGCUUUCUACCGCUCGUUCUGCAAUGGGCGCCGCACCACCUCUUGCUCCGGCCACAGCCACACUUCAUCGUGCAAGCACAGAACCGCCGGCGUCUUCAAGCAGCGGGCAUUCGCGGUCUAAGAGUCUCACCGUCGCAGACCCGCCCACCAUCGCGAGGAUAAUCUCAACCCAUAGCUCGCACCCGCCCUCCGAAGCCUCGUCACCCUCCGUCCUUUCCAGCCCAGGCAUCAACAUAACAACCGCCACCCCAGCCGCGGCGGGUUUCUCGUCCCUCCUGCAGGCAGCCGACGAUCUCGCCGACGACGAAGACGACGACGAUACCAAGUCCGAGGUGCUCCACAGCCCCACCAAGGCCUCAUCCUCGCAGGAACAGGCGCUGAACGACCUCGUCGCGAGCGCGCGGCGGGAGCGCAAGGUGCAGGACCUGGAGAUCACCAACGCGAGCCUCGAGGCUAUCAACCGCACCCUGGAGAGGCAGCUACGCAAGCAGACGGCCGAGCUGAGGAGGUACAGGCGGCUGUCGAGGUCGGGCCGGCUGAGCCUCAGCUCCGUGCCGGGCGGCCGGGACAGGAUCGCGUCCGACUCGACUGCGGGGGGAGGCGCGCUAGCGAGGGCCGGCCUGGAUCUCGACGACCUGACCGAGGAGUCAUCCGAGGAGGACGCGGGAUUCGACGAGGAGGGCGACGGCUUCGACUCCGAUUCCGAGACCGAGUCCGGGUCCGGAGAGCACAGUCCCGGGUCUGUUGCGUUGCGGGAUGCGAGACAUAGGAAACGAGACGAGGAGCGCCUGCAGCUGGACCUCUCAAAACAUCAGCAGCUGCUGGUCGACAGCCAGAAGAUCAACCAGAGCCUGAAGAGGUGCCUGGGCUGGACCGAAGAGCUGAUCAAGGAGGGCCGCCGGGCGCUGGAGUACAAGGUCCGAGUGAGCGAGGUGCAGCUAGGUGGCCGCGUGCUCGCUCCCGAGGACGUGGAAGAGCGAGAAUCAGCGGUUGUGUACGGGGAUGGGGACGGGGAGGAGACGCUGCAUGGCAUCGUACCCGAGCUUGACGACUCGCCUGUUGCUGCAGAUGACGAGAAAUGGCCCAAGGACACGCAGGAUAGGGAUAGUGGUAUCGAGCUGCCAACCGAUGGCGGGUGA